CCUGUCGACCAUCAAAAACAAAAGAACGUACCGUGUCAGACGGUAUGUAAUGGGUCUUGAUUCAGAAGGCUAUAACCUAACAAGGUAAACCAACCAAGUAGUCAUAUUCACCUUAUUCAGAAGUGAUAUAAUCAUAUGGUGGCGUUGCAGUUGCCACUCAAGUAAACUUUCAAUGAGGCAUGCUAAAAGCCAUAUGAGUAGGUGGAAUUAAGUAAAAAUACCAUAUAAAUAGCAGUAUAUAGCAAGCAAGUUUCUCCACACAUACAUACAUAUUUCCCCAUUGCAGAAACAAGUGCAAAAAAAGCUCUCUUACCUCAAUGGCUCCAACUAUGGCAACAGCGAUCACUGACUCCACAGACUUUUCUGACUUUGUAAUAAACCAAGGACAUGGAGUGAAGGGUCUGUCUGAAUUGGGUCUCAAGCGUCUCCCAAAACAGUAUAUCCAGCCUCUUGAGGAGAGGAUCAAUAUGACUAAUGUCAUGCCUCAAGAGUCCAUUCCCAUCAUCGACAUGUUGAAAUGGGAUGACGUACAUGUGGUAGAGUCUGUUUGUGAUGCUGCAGAGAAGUGGGGGUUCUUCCAGGUUAUAAACCAUGGGGUGCCUAUUGACGUCUUGGAGAAUGUUAAGGAUGCAACUCAUCGGUUCUACGGGAUGCCUGCAGAAGAGAAGAAUAAGUACUCGAAAAAGCUAUCACCUUCUAACAAUGUUAGAUUUGGUACAAGCUUCAUUCCCGAAGCAGAGAAGGCUUUGGAGUGGAAAGAUUACCUCAGCCUCUUCUAUGUCUCUGAUGAAGAAGCUUCUGCAUUCUGGCCUCCUUUCUGCAAGGAUCAAGUGCUAGAAUACAUGAAGAGCUCUGAAGUACUUAUCAGGAGACUGUUAGCCAUGCUAACGGAAAGACUGAAUGUGAAGGAAAUAGAUGAUGCAAAGACAUCUUUAUUGAUGGGUUCAGUCAGAAUUAACCUCAAUUACUACCCGAUAUGCCCAAACCCUGAGCUCACGGCUGGAGUUGGCCGCCAUUCUGAUGUCUCCACCCUCACCAUCCUCCUCCAAGACGACAUUGGAGGGCUUUAUGUGAGGGGCAAUAGGGGUGAUAGCUGGAUACAUGUCCCUCCAGUAAGUGGCUCUCUUGUCAUCAAUGUUGGUGAUGCACUACAGAUAAUGAGCAAUGGUCGGUACAAGAGCAUUGAGCACCGUGUGCUUGCCAAUGGGAGCAAAAACAGGAUCUCAGUUCCAAUUUUUGCCAACCCCAGACCACGCGACAUGAUUGGUCCUCUGCCUGAACUGCUAGCUGCUGGAGAGAAACCACUGUACAAGCAGGUUCUGUAUUCUGACUAUGUCAAGCAUUUCUUCAGGAAGGCACAUGACGGGAAGAAAACAGUUGAUUUUGCAAAGAUAUGAUAUUUUCCCCAGUACCAUAAGCCUGCUUGGUUAUAAUUGAAAUAACGACAAUAACUAAAUAACCUGCAAGACAUUAAAGGGUGAUGACU